AUGCUGCACCUUCUGCCCCAGCUCGUGCUGCUCUGGCUGGCGACUUUUGUCGUCGCCGACAUCUCCAUCACAUCUCCUAAACUCGGCCAGUCUUUCAAGGCCGGUGACACUAUCAAAGUGUCGUGGGAAGACGACGGAGACAAGCCGCCUCUGGACGACCUCAAGGGCAUCACAGUGACCCUGGUCACCGGAACCAGUAACACAGACCUCAACCCGCAGGGUCUCAAGCUCAAGGACGGUAUUACUCCCGACUCCGACUCGGUGUCGGUUACUAUCCCUGCCUCUGCCGGCGGAAACGGUUACUACACCAUUCAGCUGUACGCGUUGCUGGCCAACGGAGGUUACACCAUCCACUACACCAACUGGUUUGAGAUGACCGGCCUUUCUGGCGCCACCAAGGCUCUUCAAGAAGACCCCGGACAACCCCCUGCUAAGCAAAUUUCCGACUUGUCUGAGAAGGCCCAGGGUGACCUGAUGGCCUCCCAUACCGUGCCCUACGGCGAGCAAUCCGGAACCAUCAAGUACGCUCCCAUGCAGAUGCAGCCUGGCUCUACCAUCACCGCUAAGAGCAUGUCUCAGCGGUUCCCCACCUCCAGCUACACACCUUUCCUGAGCUUUGCACCUCCUCCCAAAUGUACUUCCACCGAUACUCCUGGUUGGUCGUACUCUCGAGGCUCUGCCACCAACAUGGCUCCUCCUGCGCCCUACCCUUCUGCUCUUGGAUGGUACGCCGCUUCGGCCAAGAGCCGAGCCACUCCUAGCCCCAUGCCCACCGUGGAACACCACUCGGACCAAGCCAACACACAGCACAAGAAGCGAUGGUUCGACACCGACGAAUGGCUUGCUCCCAAAACCCGAAGCAGUUAG